AUGGCUCAAGCGUUCAUGAGAGACGAUGAACUCUGCAGGAAGUACGCAAAAUUUGCAGCUGAUCUGGACCGGUGGCACUUCAAGAUCAUCUACUGGUUCAUGUUCGUCCUCAACCUUGUCAUUCUAUUCAUCGCGUCUUGGGCAUAUACAAGAAGCCAAGUUACAAACGAGCAAUUCAGCCAUGAGCCACGGAGGCGCGCCAGGAUGCUGGUGAGAUACAUGUUGAUGUGCCUUGCCUGUGUCCUCGUAUCGGCAGCAGUGGUUGUCAUGGAAGCCUUUUCUCUACUCGCUUUGCAAUUCUGCGACGGCGAGAAUUUAAUCUCGCUCUAUUGGUCUACUUGGACCAUGAUUCAGGUUGGAUCACUGAUAGCUAUGAUGGGAAUCAUCCUCGCCAUGGCACAUUCGUUGCGAAACAGGAGACAUCCGCCGUGGGCACUUGCAUUAGGAACACCCGUCCUCGUCAUUGCCGGCCUAUUGCAUCUCAUUCACGACUGCACGAAGAAGCGAGUCAAGAAGAUGGCGACCGCGUCCAUCAUGAAGAGCAAUGCUCCCUCCAUGAGCGAAGUAAAUACCAUUCAGGGGAAUCUCGAAGACGAGCUCGACAACACGAUCCUGGGCGAGUUCAUCGGCUUCACAGUGGAAGGCGGCCCUAUUGUCCGCUUCAACGACUCCAUGCCGCUCAAUCUCAACAUGGACUACGGGUUCGAAUUGCUUGGCUACUACGACGGCACUCGACCCGUCGUAGCGUACCAAAAGGGCGCCGUUCAGUUCCUGCCCACGGACAAGGACAAGACGCUGCCGCCGAAGGAGACUCGGUUGAAACGGGAGAGGUCGGCUGAUAAGUUGCAAGAGCCUGGGAGGGAUGAGAUCAGCAGUGCAUGA